AGCGUUUCUCCCGACCUCCCAGUCGUUUGUUCGUUCCGCCUUUUUUACUUAAGCUGGUUUUACUUCUCAAGAUUCACUGAGUGGUUUUUCAGCCCGAAAAACGACAUUCUGCAGAGAUCUACCGAAAAAGACAGCAGUCCGACUGACCUUGAGUUUAUAAAUCAUCAUGGUUCAGGCAAAGUCAUGGAUUCUGGCCAAACACUUUGAUGGCUUCCCAAAGGAAAGCGACUUCCAGCUCAGGGUGGAGGACCUGCCUGAACCCAAAGAUGGAGAGGUGCUUUUGGAGGCGGUUUUUCUCAGUGUGGAUCCAUACAUGAGGCCGUUCAGCAGUAUCCACAUGAAGGAAGGGGAUGUGAUGAUCGGAACUCAAGUUGCAAAGGUGAUCCAGAGUAAAAACCCGGCUUUUCCUGUGGGAAGCCACGUGGUGAGCCGCAGUGGUUGGAGGAGCCACGCCAUCAGCGAUGGAACGGACCUCACCCCCCUCAUGUCUGACUGGCCUCUAGAUGUUUCGCUGUCGCUGGCUUUGGGUAACGUCGGGAUGCCAGGACUGACGGCUCUGUAUGGAAUAGAGGAGGUCCUUGGGCUGCAGGAGAACGAGACCCUGCUGGUGAACGCUUCGGCCGGAGCGGUGGGAAAUGUGGUGGGACAGAUCGCCAAGAUCAAGGGCUGUAAGGUGGUGGGUACGGCCGGGACGGACGUCAAAGUAGCUUACCUGAAAGAGUUGGGGUUUGAUGAGGCUUUCAACUACAAAACGGUUCCUUCCCUGGAGGAGGCUCUGAAGAAGGCGGCUCCUGAGGGAUACGACUGCUUCUUCGACAAUGUUGGAGGGCAUUUUUCAACCGUCGCUCUACAGCAGAUGAAGAGCUUUGGAAGAAUAGCUGUGUGUGGGAGUAUCUCCACGUACAAUGAUGCGACUCCUCAGACAGGACCGUACCCACACCUGACAAUGAUCUUCAAGGAGCUGAAAAUGGAGGGUUUCAUGGUUAACAGGUGGGAACACAAAAACCUCGAAAGCCUAAAAAGACUGAUGGCCUGGCUAAAAGAGGGGAAAAUUAAGUGCAGAGAGCACAUCACAAAGGGCUUUGAGAACAUGCCAGCUGCAUUUAUGGGCCUGCUGAAGGGAGAAAACAUUGGCAAGGCUGUAGUUGCUGUGUGAGGUGGUGUUAAGGAAUUUCUACAUGUAGGAGGGGUAUUGUGUAAGAAGAAUCAAGGUAAAAUGUGGAGAAGAUUUGAAUGUUUCACGACUAACAAUGUAGAUUAGAUGUAGGAUAAGAGCUGAGAACUUCAGUUUGGCUAAAAGAUCAAAAAUGUAUUUUGAUUUAUUUCUAAAUCUGACAGUGCACUGAAGUGGCUAACCGAUAGCUUAAAGGAAGGUCUGCUAAAAUCUAGAGUCAAGUAGUGUCUAGUGUAACAGGAGCUUCCUUCCCGGAGGUGUGCCCUAUAAAACAUUCAUACAGAGGUUACUCUUUCUUACAAUACCAACCUGAUGAUAUGAAAACAUGACUCAGGGCUACUGAUGGUGUUUCAACUGGCCCCACCCAUAUACACAUCCUCUCACUUUCCUUUGUUGUUUUUCUGGCUUUGUCUCUCUUAACCAUUUAAUGCAGUCGACUGGGACGUCCUGUUUAGAAAUCUAGCUCCUUAGCAUCCUGCCCUUUUAGCUGCCAGCUAGCUGUAUUUGUUUCUUUGAUGCAUGACAUGGCUACAGUAGAAUGGCAGUAAGGCUAGGUUAAUUUAACAGACACCAAAAAUCUUUUCUGUGGUUCCUGCAGUUCUUUACCACUAAAUGUCUAAAACAGGACUUUGUUUGACCGUCUUUUAUUGGAGUUAUAGGUGCAAGUUAAAAGAAACAUUUCAACCUGUUUUGCACAUCUAGAGAUGCAAAAUCUUCCCUAUUAUACAUUGAAAAAUAGGCAAAGAAUUAUCAGAUUGGAUGGAGAUAAUCUGUGAACGUUGAUCUCUGGGCAUUGACCGGGUCGAUCUAAUUCUUGCAUAUUCUAUGAAUUCUUCCACUGAAGUUCCUGCUGUACAUUUUAGGCCAAUUGCUAGAGGAGUGAACCUCCACCCAGGUCUGAAGUCAUGGGUGUAAAAAUGUAAACCAGUGUGGUAUGAAUACUUUGCUGAAGGCCUUACUCUACAAUGUUUCCAAAUGUCCCUUUCUAUCUUUUACAUAUAGAUUACAAAUAAACGCCAAGUAUUAUGUAAUAAAUGAUAUGCACUAAUGUUGUAUUGAACAGCACUAAAAGUCCUCAAUCGUCAGCUAGAUAGAGAAUGUAUCUUAAUGUGUCUUAAUCUGAAGUGU